AUGGCUGCUAUCAAGAAACGCGCCCUGGAGGAUGCGUCCGUGAAUCCCAAAAGCAAAAAGACGAAGACCGAUAACAUGGCACCAAAGGGAAAGGGCAAGACUGACACCUCUGCAACUACAUCGUCAAGAAUCAACGCUGAGGAGGUUGAUUUCCCCCGAGGAGGUGGAACGAGCUUCACGCCAUUAGAGGUCAAGGCAAUUCGUGCUGAAGCAGCCCAGGAAGCGAAGGACGAGCUAUUCGAUGACAAAGCAGAGAAGCGUAAGAAACGGAAGUCAGCCGUGCCGACCUCGGGAAAGAAAGCAGCCAAAGGGGAGAAAGGAGACACGGUCCGUGUCGAGCAUCUCAACUACAAGCGAGUCGCUGUAGGGAUGAAGGUCCUUGGACAAAUCGUGUCUAUUCAACCCCUUGCUCUCAUCAUUUCUCUACCCAAUCAACUAUUCGCACAUGUGCCGGUAACGGAGAUAUCGUCUCAACUUACUGCCAUGCUGGAAGCUAUGGAUGAAGACGAUGCAUUGUCUUCGUCCGACGAUGAUGAGGAAGCCAAAGGAAUAUCGAAACCUCGGGUUCCCGAUUUGUUCCAAGUCUUCCGCGUUGGGCAGUACGUGCGCGCUGUCGUUUCGGCUGUCCAUUCGCCAGGUACCACGGAUCCUACUGGACUUUCUCGGGCUCGAGAUGAGAUACAGAAAGCAAGUCGUAGGGUCGAGCUGAGUCUCGUACCGAGCAAAGUGAACGAAGGUGUAUCGAAAACUGACCUCCGCGCCGGCUUCACUCUGACUGCAGCCAUCAAGAGCAAGGAAGAUCAUGGUUAUAUUCUUGACCUUGGUGUCUCCGACGGUUCUGGGUUCCUGUCUUUCAAAGACGCCUCAAAGGGUCCCUUUGAUGAGCCUGAGGAUCUCCACAUUGGUCGUCUGCUGGACGUCACGGUCACGAAGAUGUCGGGAAAUGGCAGGACCUGCAACGUCACAGCCAAUCCAGCGACAUAUAACACGGUGUUUUUGACGGAAGUGACGAGCAAGACCUCCGUCCUUCCCGGUACCCUGGUGCAGGCACUAGUAACUGCGGUAGUCCCUGACGGUCUCAAUCUGCAAGUCCUAGGGUAUUUCGGAGGAACAGUCGAUCAGUUUCACCUUGCGCCAGGCGACCCUGAACAACACUACAAAGUUGGCCAAAAGGUUAAGGCACGGGUCCUGUAUGACAUCAGUGGUUCAAGUCCGCCUCGAUUCGCUCUGUCCUUAGCAAAACACCUUGUUCAGCUAGCCCCGAAGAUGGUCGCAAGCUCCGGUCUCCCGGAUUCAUACCCUAUAGGAACGACUUUGGACGCUGUGAAGGUGAUCCGGGCGGAGACCGAGCGCGGUCUCGUUGUGGAGGUAUCAGACGGCGUCAAUGGCUACGUCCACAUAUCCCAAGUAUCGGACGACCACGUCCCAUCGCUAUCGUCCUCUUCAGGUCAUUGGAAGAUCGGAACUGUGCACAAGGCUCGCGUCACCGGCUACUUCGCCUUGGAUGGUUGCCUGCAGCUAUCGUUCCGACAAUCGGUCCUCCAGCAGAAGUUCCUGCAGGUCGGCGAGGUACAAGUCGGCGAGCUCAUCAAAGGGACGGUCAAGAAAUUGACGGAGUCGGCGUUGUUCGUGUCCAUCUCGGGUACAGUGGACGGUGUCAUUUGGCCGAACCACUAUGCGGAUAUCACGUUGAAGCACCCGCAGAAGCGCUUCAAGCCAGGCGGAAGCAUCAAGUGCCGAGUAUUGGUGGUUGACCCGGAACGCAGUCGAAUUGUGUUGACAGCCAAGAAGACGCUCCUCGACUCCCCUUUGCCGAUUGUGUCGAGAAUUGAGGAUGCGAAGGAAGGGCUCAUCACUCAUGCAGUCGUCUUCAAAGUCUCGGACAAGAGCGUCCAGGUUGAGUUCUACAACAAUCUGAAGGCCGUCGUUCCGGCGCGUGAAGCAAGCGAGACUGCCGUCAGGUCCUUGUCUGAAGCGUUCGCCGUCGGAAAGCCGGUGAAGGUGAAACUACUUUCUGUCGACCACGAGACUUCUCGCAUCUUCGCCAGCAUACGGCAAGCGGCUUCGAACUUCAAGGCUACAAUUACGGAUAUCAGUGGCGUCGAGAUCGGGGACUCCGUGGAGGGCGUCAUUGCCGAGAUCCAGAAGGACAAAGUUGCUGUAACCUUGCAGCCUACUCAAGUCCGGGCGCUGCUCUCACUCAACAACCUGGCCAACAAGCGAGGGGUUUCCGCUGCACAGCUCAGGACAUCAUUGAAGGUCGAAGAGAAGCUGCAGGAUCUCGUCGUCGUGUCCCGGAACCCCGAGAAAGGGAUUGUGCUAGUUGCCACCAAGCCCAAGGAGAAAGAAGUCUUGACGCAGAAGAGUUCGCUGAGCUUAGAUACGAUCCAGGUCGGUCAACUCGUCGGUGGCCGGGUGCUUCGUCACGGGCGACAAGGUGCUCUCGUGAAGUUGACGAACACUAUCUCGGGCACACUUCACCCCACUGAUGUCUCCGAUGACUUUGGUUCAGGGAACCCCUUCCCUCCCGUCGAUUCUAUCCUGAAGGCAGUCGUGCUUGCUGUUGACAAGGAGAAGAGACAGCUUACGUUAUCUACUCGGCCCUCGCGCAUGCAUUCUGACGAGGACAAGGCCGUGCUCGACAAGGAGGUCAAAGAUCUGGGUGAUCUCAAGGUUGGGGACUCUGUCCGGGGCUUCGUCAAGAAUGUCGCGGAGCACGGCCUUUUCGUCAUGCUUGGUCGGAACGUCGACGCUCGCGUUCAAAUCAAAGAGCUCUUUGACCAAUACGUCAAGGAUUGGAAGAGUCAUUUCUCUGCGAAUCAGCUGGUCAAAGGGCGUAUCCUAAGCAUCGACCGCGAGAAGAGACAAAGAGACAUGCGUUCUGGCGUCACUCUCGCCGACCUGACUGAGGGCCAGAAACUUGACGGCCGAGUAAAGAAAGUCGAAGACUAUGGUAUUUUCAUCGAGAUCGAAGGCUCCAAAGUCAGCGGGUUGUGUCACAAGUCUGAGCUCUCCGAUAACAAAGACGCAGAUGUUACGUUGGCUUUGAGGAGUUUCCGUGAAGGCGACCAUGUUAAGGCCGUCAUCCUCUCCAUUGAUCUCGACAAACGUCGCAUAUCAUUUGGUCUCAAGCCUUCCUAUUUCGCCGAUGAUGACUUCGAGAUGAGCAAGGGCGAGGACAGUGACGAAGAGGAGGGCGCAGAUGAAACGCUUGGUGUUGUGGAGGACGCUGGAAUGGACGAGUCGGACGCACAAGAAGUAGAUCACCAAGCAUCAGAUGAAGACAGCUCGGACAAUGAGUCGCAAGUCGAUUUUGACGAGGGCGCGUUGGAAGUCAAUAUGAACAUCAACUCCGACGAACAGCAACGUGGCUCUCAGGCGAAGCCAAGCACUUCAAGUUCUAUGUCGUUGUCCCUCGAUCUGAAACACGGCUUCCAGUGGUCAGCGAACCAGGAUCAUGAUGCUGAUGUUGGCAUGUCUUCAUCGGACGAAGAAGAGGAGGAUAGUCAAGAGCGGAAGAAGAAGAAGCGAAAGCGAAAGGAGAUCGAGCAAGACUUGACGGCGGACAUGCAAACAAGAACUCCAGAAUCCAAUGCCGACUUCGAGCGUGUCCUUCUCGGAUCACCAAAUUCGUCCUAUCUGUGGAUCCAGUACAUGUCUUUCCAGCUGCAGAUAUCCGAAGUCGACAAGGCCAGGGAGAUCGCCAAACGUGCACUACGAACUAUCAACUUCCGCGAGGAGCAAGAGAAGCUCAACGUGUGGAUUGCUCUUCUAAAUCUCGAAAACAUCUACGGGACCGACGAAUCUCUCGAAGUAACGUUCAAAGAUGCUGCGCGGCACAAUGACUCGAAGACAAUACAUCUUCGAUUAGCUAUCAUCUUCGACCAGAGCGGGAAACCUGAGAAAGCAGAGGAGCAGUACAAGCGAACAUGCAAGAAGUUCAGUCAAAGUUCGAAGGUCUGGACUCUCUUUGGGGAGCACUACCUGAAACGGGGCAAGCUUGAGGAUGCCCGAAAGUUAUUACCGCGUAGUCUGCAGAGCCUGGAGAAACGGAAACACCUGAAGACAAUCUCGAAGUUUGCUCAGCUGGAGUACAAGUUCGGCGAUCCAGAACGGGGCAAGACCGUAUUCGAGGGCAUCGUCGACUCUCAUCCAAAGCGAUGGGACUUGUGGUCUAUCUACAUUGAUAUGGAGGCCGGCCAGGGCGAGAUAAUGACUGUUAGAAAUAUCUUCGAUCGCGUACUCACGCUUAAGAUGACCAGUCACAAGGCAAAGACAUUUUUCAAGAAAUGGCUUGAAUUAGAGCGUCGACUUGGGGACGAGGAAGGUGCUAGUGCUGUCAAAGCGAAAGCUAUUGAAUGGACCCAGCGCGCUGCGGGAUCGUCAUGA